GAACGAAAUAUGCUUUUUUAUGUGCUGGAUAGUUGCGUUCUCAGCUCGCCCUAUCUUAUGUCAAAGUGUUCGCAAUGCGACAUGUAGCAAGAAUUUCACGUCGCAGGACUCCGGCAGCUUUGAGAUUCCCGAUAGUUUGGAGAGUUAUGGAGAUCACAUAUUUUGUAACUAUGCUAUCAAGGUAUCGCACGGAGGCAGGAUCAACAUCACAUUACAAGAAGUGCAUAUGACAAUGGCAGCGGAGAUUCUCGAAUACGUUGUUAUAUUCGAUGGCCCUGACUGCACAUACAAAAGAAUUGGUGUGAUUUUUGCGGGACACACGCUGGCAGUUGUUUCAAGCAGUAACGAACUGACAGCUCUUUUCAUAUCAGAUCAAACAGAUGGAAUGAGAAGAUUCAAAGAAGAAUAUAAUUUGUAUCACACAGAUGGAAAACGAAGAUUCAAAGCAGAUUAUAAAUUGGAUAACUGUGGAGGGAAAUUACAUGGACCUAUCGGAAGCUUUUAUUUUAAUGGAGACGGAAGAAUGAAUGCUUUGUGCAUUUGGUCAAUAAAAGUCGAUGUGGGAAACAGAGUGCAUGCUCGAUUCACCAAGCUUAAACUGGAUUCUCCAUUUGCCUGGCUACGUGUUUUGGAUGGCGAUAACUGUGCGGCCCCCGAGCUGCAACUGGUAAACAACACGGAUGUGUUUACUCCAUUCAACUGCACUUCUACCACUGCCGUUAUGACGGUCGUGUUUGCUUCUUUGCUGGGUUUAAAAGAAGCGGCAUUGUCGGCAGUCUAUUUUCAGAGUAAGCAUUUUUAA